CUUACCCCAUGGCUCUGUUGGGUGCUGAAGAUUCCUGGGAUUUUGUGAAUGCCUUCUCAUUGAUGAUCUCCAAUAGAAACGCUCGGGCUCCCGGGCACUGGCAAGCACCCGCGUUACAGCACCCAGCAGCCGACAGCCUGGAACAAGUGGAGCCGGACGGUAGGCCAUCGCCCGGCUGGGAUUAGGUAGGCGGGCUGGCAGCGCACUGACACCACCUUCAACAAACGCGCCGACGCGUUGGCACCUUGUAAACGGCCAUCUCUAGUGCGACAGCCCAAACAAAUUACCACUUCUUUUUAGAAGUAAAAAGUCAAUUGAUCGUGAAGGGGAUCGUUGCAGACUUCAGACAAUGACUGUACCAAUAUUCGAGCUCCCUGACGAGCUCAGGCUCAGCCUCAUUACCAAACAGUUUCCUUGCAGAGAGCCCCAGAUCAGAGCACUAGCUACACUUUUGAAUCCCAGCUCAGCACCAUGUCGGAAUCUGGUAGUCUAUGGUACUGAAGCAACAGGCAAAUCUGCCAUCACAACCGCCCUCUUGGCCAGCCUUGACGGGGACUCGUUUAAACACGCCAUUGUCAACUCGAUAGAAUGUAUCACAGCUCGCCAUCUGUAUGAGACAGUCGUGGGCAAGGUGGCCGCCGCCGUGGGAUGGGAGGCCGUCGCCCCAAGGUGCGAGUCAGUCUCACAGUUGACCGUCGAGCUCUCCAAGAUGCUCAAGUACACCGAACGGCCAGACGGGUUCCGGUUCGUCCUUGUCUUUGACGGCAUCGACCAUCAACGAGAGGCACCUCACACCCUCCUCCCAGCACUAGCAAGACUAUCAGAGAUUAUCCCCUCCCUAACAACCCUCUUCAUCCUCACCUCCCCACCCCCAAACAACCUCCUCACAACCUUUACCCCUAACCUCCACUUCCCAACCUACACCAAACCCGAAUUCAUCACCAUCCUCUCCCUCUCCCCUCCCCCCCCCAUCACCCCCUCAACAACCCCAACCGAAACCCUCGACCUCUACACCCGCUUCCUCUCUGCUCUCCACGACUCCCUCUCCCGCCCCGCCUCCCGCACCCUCCCCUCCCUAACCCAAGCAAGCCGAACCCUCUGGCCAAAAUUCAUCCAACCCAUCCUCGCCCGAACCCACACCGUGAAAGAAUUUUCCAAAUUAAUCGUCCUAGCGAGGGUUCACUUCCAGGAUGAAUCCGUCCUCGACCCAACCCUCUCCCUUUCUCCUUCCACCACCACCACCACCCCCAAUCCCACCAUUAAAACAACCGACCUCGCCACCCUCCUCCCUACCACCGCCCGCUUUUUGCUUCUAUCAGCCUACCUCGCCUCUCACAACCCGACUAAAUCAGACCUCACCCUCUUUUCCACUUUUCACCACGGGCGUAAACGUCGUCGGGGUGGGUUUACCGGGGGUCGAGCAAGAAAAAACGGGUCUCAACACCGCAAGAUUGCAAGGAAGCUGCUGGGGGCGCACGCGUUUGUUUUGGAGAGGAUGCUGGCUAUAUUUAUGGCUGUACGCACAGAGUGGGAUCCGGCUAGUGGAGGGAGGAUCAAAAAUGGGAUCGUUGAGGGGGAACAAGGGUUGGAUAAUGAUAUUUAUAUGAGCAUCGCCACGCUGGCGAGCUUGAGGCUGUUGGUCAAGGUCGGGGGAGGGGGGGAUGUGACGGAUUUGGGGGGCAAGUGGAGGGUUGCGGUCGGGUGGGAGGUGGUUAGGGGGUUGGGGAGGUCGGUUGGGGUUGAGGUGGAGGAGUGGUUGGUUGAAUAA